AGACCGUGUCUCGGUGGUUUUUCAAAAAAGUGCUCUACAGGGUGUCUGACCAUGUCGUGGGUCGCUCUGCCUACCUAGGUAGCGCGCGUAGUCCAGUGGUUAGCGGCCUUGCCUCUGGAACUAGAAGCCGUGGGUUCGAUCCCGGCUGUGUCGUUCACCCGACAUGCACGCUACCGGAAAGGGUUGCAGUCCUUAGGACAGGACGUUAAGCCGUGGUCCAUUGUUCAUGGUAGGGCGAUUGAUCUGUGAGCUGUUGUGGGAUGUUGAUUUGAUUGCUCACGGACCAAUAAGGAGGGGAAUGUUCGUGUGUUUUAGGAGAUGGCAAGCGGGGACGACGAAGAGAUAGAGGAGGACAUUGAAAUGUAUCUCCGGGAAGCAGCGGUGGCUGAGAGAGCCGAGGCGGCCGGGGCGAAUGGAACUGUUGGGCAGAAUAUCGCUGGGGAGGUCGACAGCGACGACAGCGACGAUUUUGACUUGUAUUCCGUCACGAAGCAGGUCAGAGGUGCCCGAGUCGGGGAGUUUUCACGACGGAACAAAGCGAGGGGUCGAGCUGAACGGCCGUGGGCAUCCGUCAGUGCCGGUGAGGUUCAUCCGUACAAGCCCCAGAAAUUCAGGGCACCCGGGCCCGUCGGCCCGAGGCGAGCCGAGGACAACCGGAAUGAACUGUCUUUCUUUCUGGAGGUGUUGGACCAGUAUCUUAUCCGGUAUAUCGUGCGUUGCACCAAUAGGUACGCCCGGCAGAGGCGAAGGGUAUUCCGCAAAGAAAGGCGCUCGCGUUGGUCACCCACCUCGACCACCGAGCUGAAAGCCUUUUUGGGCUGCAUGAUAUGCGCCGGCUACACGUACCAACCGAGACUCGAUUUGUACUGGUCUGAUGACGAUGACGUUGGGUGUACGCUGAUGAAAAGGACUUUUCCUUCUCAUCGUUUUCGUCAAAUCUUGCGGUACCUUCACUACUCCCCCGAAGGGUUCUGUCCUCCUGGCAGCGAGCGUCUGAAGAGUUUUAAAGCAAGGGAGAAGUUGGACCGAGUUAUGAAGGUACGCAAAGUUAUGGAGAGGGUCAGUCGGAAUAGUUGCCGUGCCCGCCAUGUCGGCGAGCAUCUCGUAGUUGACGAAGCGACAGUAGCGUUUAGGGGAAGGCACAGUCUUCGGCGCUACAACCCUUCGAAGCCGACAAAGUAUGGAUACUGUCUCCGAGCUCUGGCUGAGACAGACGGCUACAUAUUGUCCGACGAAGUGUGUGGAGGGCGUGCGGACCCAGAGGACAUGUCGCCGGACGAAAGAUGCAUGCACGGCAUUGGUGACGAAUAUGUCAGCCCUCUUGAUCUGAAGCCCGCCCGAGUCGUCAAUAGACUGACGAUGCCAUUUCAGGGAUGCUACCGCACCGUUUAUUGCGAUUCCUACUACACAGGAGUCCAACUGGCAGAUUACCUUUUCACCAAAGACACUUACAUUGUGGGGACGGUGAGACGAAAUGCGUCAGGCCUACCGACGGAAGGGCAUCCCGUUCCACGCAAACCUAGGCCUGGGCCAGGCAGGCCGCCAUUGCUGAAGUUCCCAGACCCCUAUCCUAAGAGUGUACCGAGAGGCACCUCUGUCCGGUACCACGACGGGCCGGUAACGGUUGUGAAAUGGCAAGACACCAAAUCGCUCAUACUGCUUUCUACGGGAACUAGUGUCUGUGCUCCCGACGAACUAACCACCAGGCGAUGCAAGGGUCCCAGUGGUGCUACCCGACUAGAGGUGACAUGUCCUGCAGCGAUGAACAUGUACAAUCUCCACUACAAGGCGGUGGACACAGCCGACCAGCUCCGGGCAGGGUACGAAUUCGGUCGGCCUUCGAAGAAAUGGCACAGGCAAAUCUUCUGGUACGCCAUGGACAAAGCUGUGGUGAACGCCUUCUUGAACUGGAAGACAUACACUGCUGUCAGACAGGAUCUCCCAGCACAUAGGGUUGCCCAGCUGAGCUUUCGACGGGCGUUAGUGCGGCAGCUAAUCGGCAAUUUCUCCGCAAGGCACCGAACACCCACUGCGAGCGUGGCCCUGCCAGGAGUCAUCGGCAACCACCGGCAGAUAAGCCAAGGGAAACCCACUAAAGCCUGUCGUUACUGCGCAAAAGCUGGCCGUCAUAUGCCACGAGCGAAACGGUGCAGACCGUUCGAGACUGUCUACAAAUGCGAGAUGUGCAACGUGUCCGUAUGCCACGUCAGUUUGCGCCCCGAGUGUUGGCGUGAGCACUUGCAGGACAUGCAGGGCGAUGCAUAG